AUGGUCUCUAUCGUCGACCAUAGUGAUAUGGCCAUGGACUCAAUCGUGCCCAAACAUGAACCUGGUCCUGAUGGUUCCAUCAGUUCGACCGUGUCGACACCAGAUCCAGAAGCAGAACCCUUGACUCAGGAUGCCGCGCAAACUCAGAAGAGGAAGGGAGGCAGGAAACCUAUAUAUGCCACCUCAGAAGAGCGAAAGCAACGCAACAGGCAGGCCCAGGCGGCCUUCCGAGAACGCAGGACGGAGUAUAUCCGCCAGCUAGAGACCACCAUCAAACGCAAUGAGGAAUCUCUACAGAGUCUACAGCAGAGUCAUCGUAGUGCCGCCGACGAAUGUCUAAUGUUGCGGUAUAAGAACUCCCUGCUGGAGCGCAUUCUCCUUGAAAAAGGCAUCGAUGUUCAGGCCGAACUACGUCUGAAAACAGGGGCGCCGGGCGCUCCCCCCAAGGCAAACCCUAUGCCCAAGGCACCCAGUGCAGGGGCCCGCCCAACCCAACGACACCCCGCAGGCAUCGCCUCGAAGCCCGAGACGUUCGGCAUGUCGCAGCGGGAAGGCGCAUACGGGAUCCCGUCGCCGCAGUUCCAAGCAACCCCCACCUCUCACGUUUCCUCGCCCUCACACGCCAAGUCCCCCGGCUUCGGUUUCCAGGGCGCCAUGUCACCCGUCGAGGGACGGCCCCAGCUCCUCCCCCAACCCCGGACUUUUAGUCAGACGUCGCCGCCGGCAAUCAGCAUGCCACAGACCGAACCGUCAGACUCCAAACCCCAGUCCCGUGGAGCCAUGGGUCCUCGCGGUGCGCGGGUCGCAGCGGCUGCUUACUAUCCAUCUCCAUUCCAGAAACACUACGAUCAACUCGGUAGGCCCAUCUUCACCUCACAAGUUCCUUCCCAGCUGACCUCUCAAGCAGAACAGGAGUACGAUGCCCAGGCCGAUAUGGUCGAUGACGACCACGACGGCUCAACAUCCUAUGUCCCCGGCUUCACCCCGCAAUCCGUCGCCUCGGGCUCCCACAAUAUGUCCGGUUUCAACCAACCACCGGGCGAGGGCACGCCCACCGAUUUCGGAAAUGCAAAUCAGCUGCUCGGUCAGUACGAGCCGAUGCUGGACACGGAUCCGUUCGGGUUAAGCGCUAGCAUGCACUUCCCCACCCCGUUCAACUACGAGCACAACUCGAGGCAAUAA